AUGGAAUAUGCGAAAGAGAUUGAGGAGGCCCUCCUCACCCUACAGGUACCGGUCGCUGUCAUCCACGCAAACUCUAAAUGGUCAAAGUUUCUCCUCCAUGGAAUCCCCACAACGGUCGGGGAGGGCAUUGAGGCGGGACAAUUGGUAGCAUCAGAAAUCAGAAGCAACUACGGAGAGAACUUCCAACUUGCCCAGGUUCCCCGCUGGAUCUCCAGGGCAGAAACUCGAAUGGAGAAAACUCACUCAUCAAUGGUCAUCGCACUCCCAGGACAAAUCACAAUGGAAACGCUAGGAGUUAAAUUCCUAUCUCUGUUCAACCGAAGCUGCCAUAUCGAGGCCUUCCUCCCAACCUUCCCGGAUACCCAGUGUGCGAAGUGCCUCGAAUACGGCCAUCGCCAGGAGAGAUGUAAGAACAAUGGAAAAUGCGGCCACUGCGCCGGAGAUCACCUCACCAGUUUCCACCCAUGCAAUCAAUGCCAGGGAGGAUAUAGAUGUACCCACACCCCAAUCAGAUGUCUGAACUGCAAAGGAAUCCAUAAGGCCUCCGACCCAGCAUGCCCUGAAAGAGUCAAACGCCGAUUCCUCAACAAAGGAAAGGAAAACGCCCCACCUGCCCAAGACCCACCUGCCGCACCCGUUCAGGAGUUACUCCCAAUAAUUCAAGUACCAGCUACCGCCCCGGUCGGAGACCCACCC